AUUACACCCUUAAGACAAGAAUUAUGGGAAUAAAAUUAUUUUGUUGAUUAAACAUGAUUUAUUGAUCUGCUACAAACAUUUGGGUUUAUUUUCCAGGUUUUAAACCGGUAAAACACAUGGUGUACUCUGGUCUUUAUCCGGCGGAUGGAACUAAUAUGAGUGAACUUGAGCAUGGCAUAGAGAAACUUACGUGCAAUGACUCGAGCGUGUCUGUUGAAAUCGAAAGCAGUGCAGCGCUUGGUCGGGGUUUCAGGUGUGGUUUUCUAGGUCUACUUCAUAUGGAUGUCUUUCAUCAGCGGCUCGCACAGGAAUAUGGAGUCAAUGUUCACAACACUAUGCCAACUGUACCUUACAUUUUUGAAUUUCACGAUGGAAGUAAGGUAGAGAUGCAUAUGUGCACCGAGCGCUACAAAGAUAAGAAACUUAAAGCUAUUUGGGAACCAAUGGUAAUCGCUAAAAUCAUACUUCCUAGCGAAUAUGUGGGGCCCGUCAUUACCCUUUGUGCCGAGCGGGAAGGAGAACAGUUGCAGUUCUCAUUCAUCACUAGUAAGAAGGCACUUCUGAGAUAUAGAUUACCAUUGAGGCAAAUUGUCGUUGACUUUAACGAUAUAUUGAAAAGUGUUACAUCAGGAUACGCGAUAUUCAUAUACGAGGAAGCAGAGCAUCAACUUUCUGGUCUGAUAAAACUUGAUGCAAUUCUGAAUAACCAAAAGAUAGAUGUUAUGGCCACAAUUAUCCACAAGUCGAGAGAAGAAAGUGUUGGCGGUAGUAUGAUGGAUAUGCUGAAGAAAUUCAUCAACCGGAGUCUGGAUAAUACAAUUUCGAUAACGGAAGCUAUCUCAGGUCGAGUUGUUUCAACCCAAAGGUAA